AUGAUAGAGUUGGCGCGGAAGCAUUUUCCCCACCCUAAGAUCUGCUACGACCUGCUGGACAUUUCGGCGAGUGAAGUGACCGACUUCGUUCUAAAAUACGGCCAGUUCGACCGCGUGUUCUCUUUCUUCUGCUUGCACUGGAUAAAGGACCAGAAAACGGCCAUGAAGAACGUCGCCAUGAUGAUGAAACCCGGCGGCGACUGCUUGCUUCUCUUCAACGCUUGCACCCGCGUGACGCUACUACGCAGAAAGCUGGCGAGGAUGGAUCAUUGGAAGAAAUACGCGAAGGAGUGCGAGAGGUCUGUGCCCCCGACCGUCGACCUGGUGGGGAAGGGCAAAGAUGCUCUCAUGUCGUACGUGCAAGACCUCCUGAGGUCCGCCGAUCUUACGCCAAUCACUUGCGACGUCUGGCCAUGGCCGUCGGAAAGCGACACCCUAGAGAAGGCGAUAGGUACACUUUACGAGAGAAUGAAACCGCUGGCAAUGAAACGGAAACUACAAUCAACCAGCUAG